AUGGCAGCCGAGAGAGAAAUUGCCGCGGAGGACAGUAUCAAAGUCGUCUGUCGUUUCCGUCCUCUAAACGAUUCCGAAGAAAAAGCAGGGUCCAGGUUCGUCGUUAAGUUUCCCACCGGACCCGAUGAAAACUGCAUCACGAUCGGCGGAAAAGUUUAUUUAUUUGAUAAAGUCUUCAAGCCAAAUGCCAGUCAAGAUAAAGUUUAUGGUGAUGCAGCAAAGUCAAUUGUAUCAGAUGUACUUGCUGGUUAUAAUGGAACAAUUUUUGCAUACGGUCAAACCUCUUCUGGUAAAACACAUACUAUGGAGGGGGUCAUUGGUGAUCCAUCAAAACAAGGUAUUAUUCCACGGAUUGUCAAUGAUAUAUUUAACCAUAUUUAUGCAAUGGAAGAAAAUUUGGAGUUUCACAUAAAGGUGUCUUAUUUUGAAAUUUAUAUGGACAAGAUUCGAGAUUUAUUAGAUGUAUCAAAAGUGAACUUAAGUGUUCAUGAAGACAAGAAUAGAGUUCCUUUCGUAAAAGGUGCUACUGAACGUUUUGUUUCUAGUCCAGAAGAAGUAUUUGCUGUUAUUGAAGAAGGCAAAGCCAACAGACAUAUAGCUGUGACAAACAUGAAUGAGCACAGUUCCAGAAGUCAUAGUGUGUUUUUGAUAAACGUGAAGCAGGAAAAUUUGGAAAAUGAAAAAAAAUUAUCUGGAAAACUUUAUCUUGUAGAUUUAGCUGGUAGUGAAAAAGUAAGCAAAACUGGUGCAGAAGGUACAGUAUUAGAUGAAGCGAAAAAUAUUAACAAAUCAUUAUCAGCUUUGGGUAAUGUAAUAUCUGCAUUGGCCGAAGAUAAAAAAACACACAUACCAUAUCGAGAUUCAAAACUAACACGUAUAUUACAAGAAUCAUUGGGUGGAAAUGCUCGUACUACAAUUAUAAUUUGCUGUUCUCCUGCAUCUUUCAAUGAGUCAGAAACAAAAUCAACCUUAGAUUUUGGUAGAAGAGCAAAAACAAUUAAGAAUGUUAUUACUGUCAAUGAAGAGUUAACGGCUGAAGAAUGGAAAAGACGUUAUGAAAAAGAAAAAGAAAAAUGUACACGUUAUAAAGCCAAGUGUGAUAAACUACAGACUGAACUUAAUCGUUGGAGGUGUGGAGAAACUGUAAAAGAAGAUGAACAAGUUAAUUUACAAGAGCCAAUGGAAGCAUCUACACCAAAUGUCCAAGUUGAUAUUAAAAAAGAAUUAGUGGUUGGUCCAGUUCCUGCAAUACCAGGAGGCGUAAUGACUGAAUCCAUGUCAACAGAGGAAAGACAAAAACUUGAAGAAGAACGUGAAGCAUUAUAUCAGCAAUUAGACGAUAAAGAUGAAGAAAUAAAUCAACAAAGUCAAGACAUAGAAAAAUUAAAAGAACAAAUAAUGGAACAGGAAGAACUCCUUACAUCAACUCAAAGAGACUACGAGCAGUUACAACAAGAAAUGCAUAGGAUUACUCAAGAGAAUGAAAGUGCAAAAGAAGAAGUGAAAGAAGUUCUGCAAGCUCUUGAAGAACUUGCAGUUAAUUACGAUCAAAAAAGUCAAGAAGUUGAUGUGAAAAAUAAAGAAAACGAGACUCUUAUGGAAGAAUUAUCAAUAAAAGAAUCAUCUUUAAACUCAACAUCCUCUGAACUACAACAGUUAAAAGAUAUGUUCGUUCAUCAGAAGAAACGUACAACAGAUAUGUUAUCAAAUCUUCUAAAAGAUAUAGCUGAAAUUGGAGCAGCAAUUGGAAGUGAAGCUGAACUUAAUCAACAAGCUAUUAGUGAUGGGAAUAGCAAGCUGGAUGAAGAAUUUACUGUUGCUAGACUUUAUAUUAGUAAAAUGAAAUCUGAAGUAAAAAAUUUAGUUCAACGAUGCAAUUUCUUCGAAUUAAGUCAAACUGAUAUGAACAAAAAAGUUAGUGAUUAUGAGAAGGAACUUGGUGAAAGUCGUUUGAAAAUCUCACAAAAUGAGGCUCGUCUUAAAUCUAUGCAAGAAUCUUUAAGAGAAGCAGAAAAUAAGAAACGUACAUUAGAAGAAAAUAUUGAUGCGUUGAGAGAAGAGUUUGCAAAAAUGAAAGCAGCAGAACAAGUUCACAUUGUAUCAUCAUCGAAAGAAAAAGCAGAAGAAAAAGAGAAAGCUACUAGCAUGCGAGCUGCUCUUGAAACACAAAUGGAUCAAUUACGAGAUGUCCAUCAUAAACAAGUUGCUGAUUUAAGAGAUGAGAUUAGUGAAAAACAAGCAUUAAUUGCAGAACUUAAAGAUCAAGUUCAAAAAUAUUCUUUGGCACAACAACAACUGCAAACAGAUUACAAUAAAUUAUUGCAAGAAGAUCAAGAAAAAAGUCAACGCCUUCAAGAAUAUGUUUUAGCCAAUGAGCGUCGUGAACAAGCACGUAAAGAUCUCAAAGGCUUGGAAGAUACUGUUACCAAAGAACUACAAACAUUACAUAAUUUACGUAAAAUAUUUGUGCAAGAUUUACAAUCUCGCAUGAAAAAAUCAGCUACAGCUGAAGAUACAGAUGAAGCCAGUAGUGGAGGAACAUUAGCCCAAAGACAAAAAAUUAGUUUCCUGGAGAAUAAUUUAGAUCAACUUACCAAAGUCCACAAACAACUGGUCAGGGAUAAUGCAGAUCUACGAUGUGAAUUACCUAAAUUGGAAAAAAGAUUACGUGCUACAAUGGACCGUGUUAAGGCACUUGAAUCGGCAUUGAAAGAUGCUAAAGAAGGUGCCAUGAGGGAUAGGAAAAGGUAUCAAUAUGAAGUAGAUCGUAUUAAAGAUGCAGUGAGACAAAAGAAUUUAGCUCGCAGAGGACCUAGUCCACAAAUUGCCAAACCAAUCAGAGCAGGACAACAUAAUAUUAUUUCAAUUAAUCGUAUUAGUGAAGAUGAACUAAAAAAACGUAAAGCUGCUGCUAUACCUGAGAUUGCUGAAAGUAGUUAA